AUGAAGCCUGUCUAUAUUGGUUCGGCCAGUGCAGCGAUUAACAGGGCAGAUGGGCAAUACAUGGCAACACCGCAAAAUGAAGAUGUCAUCAUUACGGAUCUCGAUACCAAUGAAGUUUACUACACAGUGCUUGGAGAAGAAGAUGAAGUGAUUACAAGUUUAUGUAUGACUCCUGAUGGACGAUAUCUUGCCGUUUGCUCACAAUCGCAACAGCUACGGAUCAUCGAUGUUGAAAAUAAACAGACACAAAAAACAUAUAGAAUGUCAGCACCAGUUUACAUGUCGGCUUCCGACUCGUCAUCUAGCUUGUUUGCAUUUGGUGGCUCCGAUGGUGUUGUUACCGUUUGGAAUAUUGAAGGAGGGUUUGCAUCACAUUCAUUAAAAGGUCACGGAACAACCAUUUGUGCGUUAACAUUUAAUGGCGAGCCCCAUGAACAGGAUUGGAGGUUGGCCUCAGCAGAUAUUAUGGGAACCGUAAAAAUCUGGGACUUGGAAAAAAAGAAGUGUAGUCAUACCAUUAAAGAACAUGCCUCGGCUGUUAGAGGCUUGGCUUUCGAUGAUGAAUACGAGUAUUUCUUAACUGCGGGACGAGAUCUGGUUGCGAUAAUUUACAGCACCAAGAAUUUUAAGCCAAUCAAUACCUUCCCCAUCAAUGAGCAAAUCGAGGCAAGUGGAUUUAUCAGAUACGUGAAUGAUCAACAAUAUUUUUACACCGCUGGAUCGGAAAACAUGUUACGUCUUUGGGAGAUCAAGACUGGACAGUUGAUUGCCAAAUCGAAACAACCAUUAAAGACAAAUGAGGAGCUUGUCAUUGUUGACGCAAUCAAAUUGCAAGAUCAAAAUGUUUACCUCGUUGUGAGCGAUCAAACGUUGAUUGAAUUGGAUUUGCAACAAGAAGACCAGAGGAUUGAAGCUGAUCAGAUAUUUGACAUCCCAGUGGUGAGAAAGAUUGCAGGUAACCAAGGUGUUGUUGCAGAUAUGAGAUAUGUUGGGCCAAACCAUAAUUUUGUUGCCAUGGCUACAAACUCUCCUGCAUUGCGGAUAAUGAAUUUAGAAAGACCAUUUGAAGUGUCCAUUUUGGAAGCACACAAGGAUAUCAUUAAUGCAUUGGAUGCAUCUGCUGAUGGAAAGUGGAUUGCCACUGCGUCAAAGGAUAACGAAGCUAGACUUUGGUCUUGGAAUGAGGAAACACAAGAAUUUGAACCGUUUGCCACUUUCCAAGGCCAUGCGGGUUCGGUGACAGCCAUUUGCUUGAAUAAACUGACUGAGACUCCGAACUUUAUAAUCACUGGAUCAAAUGAUCUUACAGUGAAGAAAUGGAAAAUACCAAAAGUUAAAGGCGAAACUGUUAAGCAUUCGGUAUACACCAGACGUGCACACGACAAAGAUAUUAAUUCUAUUGAUAUUUCUCCUAAUGAUGAGUUUUUCGCCACUGCUUCUUAUGAUAAGCUAGGUAAAGUAUGGAGCACCGAGUCUGGUGAGACCAUUGGUGUGUUGAAAGGUCACAGACGUGGUCUUUGGGAUGUCAAUUUCUACAAAUAUGACAAGUUGCUCGCAACUAGUAGUGGAGACAAAACCGUUAAAGUGUGGUCACUAAACGAUUAUGCAUGUAAAAAGACCUUUGAGGGCCAUACAAAUGCUGUGCACAGAGCAAAAUUCUUCAACAGUACUACUCCACAAUUGAUUUCCUCCGGUGCCGAUGGGUUGGUUAAAAUUUGGGAUUACAAGUCUGACGAAACGGUGAAAACGCUUGAUAACCAUGUUGACAGAAUCUGGGCGUUGGCUGUUAAAGAUGAAGAAGGUGACGAGUUUAUCACUGCGGAUGCUGUGGGUAAGUUCACCAUGUGGAAGGAUAAUACUGCAGAAGAAGUUCGUUUGAGAGAGUUGCAAGAGAAAAAUAAAGUUGAGCAAGAGCAGAGUUUGAGUAAUUUCAUGAAGAAUCAGGAUUGGAGCAAUGCAUUCCUUUUGGCAUUGACAUUGAACCACUCGAUGCGUCUUUACCACGUGAUUAAAUCUUGUAUCGAAGCCAAUGUCGAUGAAGACUCGCCUAUUGGAUCAAGGGAGCUUGAAUCCACAAUCUGCCAGUUGAACAAUGACCAAUUAAUCACAUUGUUUAAAAAGAUUCGUGACUGGAAUGUUAACUUUAAAUUUUUUGAAAUUAGUCAAAGCUUGUUGAAUGUUAUUUUGCACAGUUUCGGUAUCGACAAGCUUAUUGAGAUUCCGGGCGUUAUGAAGAUUGUUGAGAGUAUAAUUCCAUAUAAUGAGCGUCACUAUAGUCGAUUGGAUGAUUUGAUUGAGGAGACAUAUGUCUUGGACUACACUGUGGAGCAAAUGAACCGACUCCUAGCAUAA